UAUGUCAUCUUCCGAUGAUUCCACCGCCCUAACGUGCGAUCAACGCAAAGUAUCCUUUGCCUCACCUUCGAUGUCGCUCAUACAACCAAGGUCGGUCGACGCCUCUAAGCUUAAGAAGCCUCGCGCCAAGCCUAGACCCAUGGUCAAGCGUGGAUCUCUUGAGGCUAAGCUCGGCGCGUCAGCAUAUCUUGCGGGUUUACUGAACAAAGAAAUGGAGAGAGGAAAUGCUCAGAGGAUGCAGGACAGCUUGGAGCCCCUUGUGGAGCUCACCAUUCCCAAGGACUUCGUGUACACCCCGCGCAUUUAUGCGAUUGAGCUCGACAACGAAGUCGAGGAGGUCCUGAUGCAGUGGACACGCCAGGUCUGUCGCAUCCCCGACGAAGACAAGCCGCGCAAAGGGAUCGUACUCUCUUGUGCUCUCGCCGCUCUGCGCGAUGUGACGGGGAUCAGUCGCUUGAAGUUCGAGUUUGCCCUGCGGGAGCGUCCUAUCCCAGAAGGCCAACAUGACAGCUUCCCAAUUCUUGCUAUUUUCUAUGCCUACGAAUACGGGACGAUGCACUGGCGUCCGACGCAGAAGCAAGUCGGCAAGCUGUCCGAAAUCUUGUCGGGUCGUCAGCCGAAGUGGUAUAUCGACAAGUACCCUUUCGAUUCGUGAGUAUUGUGAAGUCGCCUAUGUCUGUUGUACCGUGAAACGCAAUGUUGUUUAUAUGCAUGUAUGAUAUUAGUCUUAAUGAUAAGCUUGCUAUAUCA